UGUGGCCCGCUAUGGCGGCGGUGUUGAGGUUGGGUCCGGGAUGUGGGGCCUUUGACUGAAGGGGUAGGCCAAGUGGAGGUAUCAGGGACGUCGCGCGGCACAGAAGAGGACCAGCCUGGACGCCGGGGACGCUGUCAUGUACGGCGCGGGCGGGGGCCGCGCCAAACCCGAGAGGAAAAGCGGCGCGAAGGAGGAGGCCGGGCCAGGCGGUGCCGGCGGUGGGGGCAGCCGAGUGGAGCUCUUGGUUUUCGGCUAUGCCUGCAAGCUGUUCCGGGACGACGAGCGGGCCCUGGCUCAGGAACAGGGACAGCACCUCAUCCCCUGGAUGGGGGACCACAAGAUCCUCAUCGACAGAUAUGAUGGACGUGGUCACCUGCAUGACCUUUCUGAGUACGAUGCUGAGUAUUCCACGUGGAACAGAGAUUAUCAGCUGUCUGAAGAGGAGGCGCGAAUAGAGGCCCUGUGUGAUGAAGAGAGGUAUUUAGCCUUGCAUACGGACUUGCUUGAGGAGGAGGCAAGGCAAGAGGAAGAAUACAAGCGAUUGAGUGAAGCACUAGCAGAGGAUGGGAGCUACAAUGCCGUGGGGUUCACUUACGGUAGCGACUAUUACGACCCGUCAGAGCCAACAGAGGAGGAGGAGCCUUCCAAACAGAGAGAAAAAAAUGAGGCUGAAAAUUUAGAGGAAAAUGAAGAGCCCUUUGUUGCCCCCUUAGGAUUGAGCGUCCCGUCUGACGUGGAGUUGCCACCAACCGCUAAAAUGCACGCCAUCAUCGAGCGCACGGCCAGCUUCGUGUGCAGGCAGGGAGCACAGUUUGAGAUCAUGCUGAAGGCCAAGCAGGCCCGGAACUCCCAGUUCGACUUUCUGCGCUUCGACCACUACCUCAACCCCUACUAUAAGUUCAUCCAGAAAGCCAUGAAGGAGGGACGCUACACCAUCCUGGCAGAAAACAAAAGUGACGAGAAAAAAAAAUCAGGAAUCAGCUCUGACAAUGAAGAUGAUGAUGAUGAAGAAGAUGGGAAUUACCUGCAUCCCUCUCUCUUUGCCUCCAAGAAGUGUAACCGACUUGAAGAGCUGAUGAAGCCCUUGAAGGUAGUGGACCCAGAUCAUCCCCUCGCAGCGCUUGUUCGUAAGGCACAGGCUGACAGUUCCACUCCCACCCCACACAACGCAGACGGUGCGCCUGUGCAGCCCUCCCAGGUGGAGUACACGGCAGACUCGACCGUGGCAGCCAUGUAUUACAGCUACUAUAUGCUACCGGACGGCACUUACUGCCUGGCGCCGCCCCCUCCCGGAAUCGAUGUGGCUACUUACUACAGCACCCUUCCUGCUGGCGUGACCGUGUCUAACUCCCCUGGAGUGACAACCACUGCCCCACCACCUCCUGGGACCACACCACCACCGCCCCCAACCACGGCGGAGACUAGCAGCGGGGCCACCUCCACAACCACCACCACAAGUGCACUUGCCCCCGUGGCCGCCAUCAUCCCCCCGCCCCCCGACGUCCAGCCCGUGAUUGACAAGCUGGCCGAGUAUGUCGCCAGGAACGGCCUGAAGUUCGAGACCAGUGUUCGUGCCAAGAAUGAUCAAAGAUUUGAGUUCCUGCAGCCGUGGCACCAGUAUAAUGCCUAUUAUGAGUUUAAGAAGCAGUUCUUCCUCCAGAAAGAAGGGGGUGAUAGCACACAGGCUGUGUCUGCACCAGAAGAGGCUCCCACAGACUCUGCUCCCGAGAAGCCAAGUGACGCUGGGGAGGAUGGCGCGCCUGAAGAUGCAGCCGAGGUGGGAGCACGGGCAGGCUCAGGCGGGAAGAAGGAGGCAUCGUCCAGUAAGACCGUCCCGGACGGGAAGCUGGUGAAAGCUUCCUUUGCUCCAAUAAGCUUUGCAAUCAAGGCCAAAGAAAAUGAUCUGCUUCCCCUGGAAAAAAAUCGUGUUAAGCUAGAUGAUGACAGUGAUGAUGAUGAAGAAAGCAAAGAAGGCCAAGAAAGUUCUAGUAGUGCUGCAAACACUAACCCAGCAGUUGCCCCACCCUGUGUAGUUGUUGAGGAGAAGAAGCCUCAACUUACCCAGGAGGAGCUAGAAGCAAAGCAAGCAAAGCAAAAGCUGGAAGAUCGCCUCGCAGCUGCUGCCCGGGAAAAGCUGGCCCAGGCGUCUAAGGAAUCAAAAGAGAAACAGCUUCAAGCAGAACGUAAAAGGAAAGCGGCGUUAUUUUUACAGACCCUCAAAAAUCCUCUGCCGGAAGCAGAAGCUGGGAAAAUUGAGGAGAGUCCUUUCAAUGUCGAGGAAUCCAGCACUACGCCCUGCCCUCUACUGACUGGAGGCAGACCUCUGCCUACUUUAGAAGUUAAACCACCCGAUAGGCCUUCGAGCAAAAGCAAAGAUCCACCAAGAGAAGAAGAGAAAGAAAAGAAAAAGAAAAAGCACAAAAAGAGAUCUCGAACAAGAUCACGUUCUCCCAAGUACCAUUCGUCAUCCAAGUCCAGGUCUAGAUCACACUCAAAAGCAAAGCAUUCUCUUCCCAGUGCCUAUCGGACAGUGCGGCGGUCGAGAGCCACAGCCUCCCCAGGGACGCUGCGCGCGGAGCCCUGUCAGAGCAGCGCGUCAGUGACAGCGGCAGCCAAGCCAGGAAGUUAUCAGGCAGCCUCGACCACCACCAGAUUUGACUCCGCGAGCUCUUUUGAGGGAAAACCUGGUAAAACGUCAAGGUCCCGCUCCCGGUCCCCUCGGAGGAGAGCCCACUCCCCUGAGAGACGGAGGGAAGAGAGGAGCGUGCCCACUGCCUACCGUGUGAGCAGCAGCCCUGGGGCCAGCAGGAAGCGGACCCGCUCCAGGAAAUACGUCCACCAUCUCUCCUCUCGCCCCGGCUUCCAGUAGCUGUGGACGGCCACCUCCAUUGGUGCCGCCAGUGAGCACUACCCUCUCGGCCGUGGGGGUGCCACCUCACGAGCGCCUCCUCUGGUUCUCACCCACUGAUGUCGCCACCCAGUGCCUUGCGUGGGGCAGCCGUGCAUUUCUACUCUUUCCAAGCACAAGGAGCUUGUUUUGUGUCACCAUGUGGAGUUCGUGCAGCCUCCUGGCUGUGUGGGUGGACCGUGUCUGUGUCUGGAGCUACACAGAGAAGGAUGGAGCAUUGCACAUCGUAGCCUUGAGUUUCUUAACAUGGUGCUGCUAAGUGCAUGGGGGUCAGGACACUCAGGGUCCCAGAGCCUUCCAGAGGACGAGUCUUACAUUGCCAGGGUCACCCACACACUGGGACCCUCCUGCUCCUGGGAUAGAUGGCCCCAGCCAUCACCCACACGGCCUAGCCACAAGGCACACACUAGGCAGAGAGCCGCAGCAGAUCCUCCCCACAGCACCCUGGGCAAGAAGACCGUGCUGCGAUUGGCCUAGUACCACAGUUCCCUCCGUUGACAAGAUGUGAUUUUUUUCUUAAAACAGAAAAAUUAGCAAAGGAACUAUAAAGCGGAUAGAUACCAGCAAAUGUUUCAUGUACACCUGGCUCUGUUUAUAAAUUACAUUUUGUUCCUUAGUAAUCCUACACUGAGCAUUCAUGUCUACUCUCAUACAAUCUGAUGAAAAUUAAAAUGUUAGAAUCCAUCCCUUAAACAAGUAAUUUCACAUCAGAAAUUCACCAUCACCUUUGUUAUAUGUGAAGGGCAUGGUUAGAAAUUAAUUCCUUCUGUCUCAACAGAAGAGGCCUUGCUUUGCCUUCACAUUAACCUUUGCUUUAAGAGAGACCUCGUGGGAGCAGGUGGUGAUUGUAUCUGGAAGUAGCAGCGUCCUGAUGGCCAGCCAGCACACUCAGACACCAGACUCACGUGACCUGCUGACAUUCUCACCGAGCACUAACAGGUCACACAAGAGAAGCAAAGGGUUAGACUCAGUGCAGUGCUGAGCCCUGCGCUGCCCUGCCCAGACAAACGGGAUUAAACCUGCAAACCUAAGUCUGCGGAGUGUUAAACUGUGAUUCACUAGGAACUCAACAGAGGUGAAUACGUGUGUAAUUACUGGUCAAUUUAAUUACAAGCUCCCAGUUAGUCUAUAAAUCCAGAAUAUGGGUUUGGUUUGGUUUUCUUUUGGGGGUGUUUUUUUUUUGAGACAGGGUCUCACCCCGUUUCCCAGGCUGGAGUGCAGUUGCGUAAUCACAGCUCACUGCAGCUUCUACCUCCUGAGCUCAAACCAUCCUCCCACCUCAGCCUCCUGAGUUGCUGGGGCCACAGGCUGUCACCACCAUGCCUGGCUGGCUGCCCUCCAGCUCCUGGCCUCAAGUGAUCAACCUGCCUCAACCUCCAAAAAUACUGGGAUUGCAGACAUGAGCUACCGUGACUUGUACAGAAUAUGUUUUAUUAGCAAUCAUCGUAUUAAUCUUACAGCCAGGCUGUGUCCCUGUCUCAGAGUGGGCGUCCACUUCCUUGCUGCGGUUCAGUGCACAUAAUUCAGCUACCAAGUUGCUGUCGCUUUAAUGCUGUGCCAGCACCAGACCAAACCCAGGGAAAUGCCCACUACCCAGAUUUGAUUCUUUUUUUCUUUUUAUUUUUUAUUUUUAUUUGAAAUAGGGUCUCACUCCCAUUGCCCAGGCUGGAGUGCAGUGGCACGAUCUCAGCUCACUGCGGCCUCAACCUCCUGGGUUCAACUGAUCCUCCCACCUCAGCCUCCUGUGUAGCUGAGACUACAGGCACAGGGAACCAUGCCCAGCUAAUUUUUUGUAUUUUUGGUAGAGACAGCGUUUUGCCAUGUUGCCCAGGAUGGUCUCAAAAUCCUGAGCUCAAGCAUUCUGCCUGCCUCAGCCUCCCAAAGUGCUGGCGUAAACCACCAUGCCCGGCCCUAAAGGGUCAUUUCUGUAAACUGAUUAUUGCCUGAUUGUUUCACUGACUUCUUACUUUGAAAUUUUUUUAACUUAUAGGCAAGUUUUUAAAAUAGUACAAUGGGGCCAGAUUCAGUAGCUCACACCUAUAAUCCCAGCACUUGGAGGCCAAGAUAGGAGGAUCACUUGAGCUCAGGAGUUGGAGGCUGUAGUGUGGGCUGUGAUCGUGCCUGUGAAUAUCCACUGCACUCCCCCCCCCCCCCCACCUGGGUAACAGAGUGAAACCCUCUCUUUCAAAAAAAAGUGUACAAUAAACACCCAUAAUGCAUAAAAUCUGUAGCUCAGUUCCACAAGAGCUGACAUUUUGCCACGUUGCUCUCUCUCACCCCUUCCCAUCCUGCGCAUCCCAUCCACUCCCCUCCCUCCCUCCUCCGUUCAUGUGUGUAUUUCAUGGCCUUGGUGUUCCUGAGAAUUCCAGGCCAGCUCCACUAUAGAUGGUCCCACAGUCGGGCUUCGUCUUGCUGCGUCCUCGUGGCUGGGUUCAGGCAAAUGUUUUGGCUGCGUAGGCGACAUUGCGUAGCUUCCCAUUGCAUCACAGAUCAGGACACACAGAAGUGUCCAUUCGUCCCAUCAUUCAUGAUGCUGAGUUUGACCACUUGAUUAAGGCUGCAUCUGCCCCCUUCGUCUCCCCACCGGCGAGGAAUCCAGGAGGUGACACUGAAGCAGCGCGGCUCUCCUGCUCCCAGCAGCUGUCUUCUCGUUUGUCUCAGCAUCCCUGGGUGACCCCUGCCUGAAUCAGUUCUUACACUGCUGACUGCAAAAUAGUGACUUUCCCUCUCUCUUCUUCCUUCUGUGUUUAUGCUGAAGACCCUGCCCCUUUGUUUAAAUCUCACCAGGGACUCAGGAGUAUUUUUGGUUUUGAUUUUUUAUUUGUUGUGUGAUAAUCUGUUGCUAUUAUUAUUCUAUUAGAUGGUGACAUUGUCUCCAGUUUGGCCAGUGGCAACCCUUUCAAGUCAGUUCUGUUCUUUUGACACCUCCCAUAGUUCUUUGCAUUCUUGCUUUUGGUACAAGAUGUUCCAGGUUUACCGGGUGUUUUCCCUGCUACAGCCCUGGAAUCUGCCAUUUCUUCAAGGACCUCUGGUUCCUUUUAGUGAAUAUUUGAAAAUCCAGAUGUGGACGUAUGAGGAAUUUUUAGGAGUAAAAUUUGGUACAGUGUGGAAAUAUGUAAAACAACAUUCAUGAAAGUUAUUUUGAGUACGUCAUAAAAGUGUUUUUAGGAGUAAAAUUUGGUACAGUGUGGAAAUAUAUAAAACAACAUUCGUGACAGUUAUUUUGAGUAUGUCAUAAAAGUGUUUUUCAGCCAGGCACAAUGGCGGGCACCUACAGCCGCAGCUACUUGGAGGGCUGAGUGGAUCUCUUGAGCCUAGGAGUUCACAUCCAGGGCUUUUCACAAGAAUAUUGACCAAAUCUUCUGGUAGCACACUUCAACAAGAUGUCCCGGUUAUCUUAUUGUAGCAAAUACAAUGAAUGAUUAGUUACAAGUUUUUCCCAUUGAGUUUCUAGUACUUAACACUGCACAAGGCACAUGGACAACUAUUUGUUGAGUGAGUGAAUGGGAGUUUACUGCUGCAGUAAAGAUCUUUCUUUAUACAUGAAAUGUUAAUUCAAGGUAGACUUUGCUAACUGAAGGAUGCAUAACCUAAUUCCCUAGAGCAACCACUAAAAACAAAAAUGUAGCUAAAAAGCCAAUAGAAGAUACAAAGUAGGAUUCUAGAUGCUUUCUUAAAUUCAUGAAACAGCAGAAAAGGGCAGGUGUGGGAAAGAACAAAUGGGACAAAUAAAAAGCAAGAUUGUAGACUUAAAACCAUCUGUAAAAUAAUUACAUUAAAUGUAAGAAGACUAAAGACUAGUUAAAAGGCAGUGAUUGUGGAGUGGAUUAAAGAGCAAGACCUAGCCUGGCGCAGUGGCUCAUACCUGUAAUCCAGCACUUUGGGAGGCCCAGGCAGGCGGAUCACCUGGGGUCAGGAGUUCAAGACCAGCCUGGCCAACAUGGUGAAACCCCGUCUCUACUAAAAAUAUAAAAAUUAGGUGUGGUGGCAUGUAAUCCCAGCUACUCGGGAGACUGAGGCAGGAGAAUUGCUUGAACCUGGGAGGCGGAGGCUGCAGUGAGCCAAGAUCACGCCACUGCACUCCUGCCUGGGUGACAAAGUGAGACUCUAUCUCAAAAAAAUAAAUAAACAAAACUUUUCCACCAAACUCCAGGUCCAGAUGGCUUCACCAGUGAAUUCUAACAUUCAAGAAAGGAGGGGCCGGGCACAAUGGUUCACAUCUGUAAUCCCAGCACUUUGGGAGGCUGAGGCGGGCAGAUCACGAGGUCAGGAGUUCGAGACCAGUCUGGCCAACAUAGUGAAACUCUGUCUCUGCUAAAAGUACAAAAAAUUAACUGGGUGUGGUAGUGUGUGUCUGUAAUCCCAGCUGCUUGGGAGGCUGAGGCAGGAGAAUCACUUGAAUUCGGGAGGCGGAGGUUGCAGUGAGCCGAGAUUGUGCUCCAGCCCGUGACAGUGCAAGACUCCGUCUCAAAAAACAAAAAGAAAGAAGAGAUGCUCUUUUUAAAAAAUAGAUGAAGGAACACUUCCCAUCUCAUCUCUUGAGUCCAUCAUAACUCUCAAAGCUAAGCCAGAUAAGGAUUCUGUGUUUGGGGGAAGGGGUGUGCACAUGCACCCUUGUCUGUUCACAGAUCAGCACUGUGUGCGCCCGUGUGUGUUCACAAACCAGUACUGUGUGUGUACCUGUGUGUGUUCACAAACCAGUACUGUGUGUGCACCUGUGUGUUAACAGACCAGUACUGUAUGUUCUCCCGUGUGUGUUCACAGACCAGUACUGUGUGUGCACACGUGUGUGUUCACAGAUCAGUACUGUGUGUGCCCGUGUGUGUU